UUCAGUCUAUUAUGAAGCUCCUUGUAUAUUCAUAAAUGAGUGCAAAUGGAAAAAGAAGGACAUGAGAGAGUGCUCCCAUGAUGGCAGAGAUUUGUGUGAAAAAUUUUGUUGAACACUACAUGACUCUUAAAUGCUAAAAGCAGAAGGCAAUAGCUGGUAGCUCAGUGUGGAGCAAAAAUUUUAUUUUAAACUUCAAAAAUAAUUAUGUCAAAGAAAAGUCGUGCCAAGGGAGAGAAGUCCGACAUGGAGACUGAAGCCCUGCAAGCUGCUAAUGAGGAGCUACGAACUAAACUAACCAACAUCCAGAUAGAAUUUCAGCAAGAAAAAAGCAAGGUGGGUAAACUGAGAGAGAAAAUCCAAGAGGUUAAGCAAGAAAGGGAGCAGGAGCAGCACAAGCACACUGCCUAUGUUUCUGAACUGAAAGCCAAGCUCCAUGAGGAGAAAAUGAAGGAACUUCAGAGUGUCAGAGAGCUACUGAUCCGGCAGCACGAGCAGGAGGUAGCGAGAAUGGUGAAAAUCAAAGAUGGUGAAAUUCAGCGUUUGCAGUCAACAGUCAAUGUUCUGCGGGACGGGGCAGCUGACAAAGUGAAGACGGCGCUGCUGAGUGAAGCAAAGGAGGAGGCUCGCAAGGUGUUCGACAGUGAACGGAUGAAGUUGCAACAGGAGAUCUUGGAGCUGAAAUCUGGCAAAAAGCAGCUUGAAGAAGCUUUGAACAACAUUAUGCAGGCAGAUAAAAUGAAGGCUGCUGACCUGCGCACAGCUUAUCAGUCGCAUCAGGAUGAGAUUAAUAGAAUAAAGCGGGAAUGUGAGAGAGAGAUCCGUAGGCUGAUGGAUGAGAUAAAAGGCAAAGACAGAGUGAUUCUGGCUCUGGAGAAAGACCUUGGUGUCCAGGCAGGCCAUACACAGAAACUACUCCUUCAGAAAGAGGCUUUGGAUGAACAGCUUGUCCAAGUGAAGGAGGCAGAACGAUAUCACAGUAGUCCUAAGAGAGAGCUUCCUGCAGGAGUGGGGGAUAUCACCGAACUGAUGGGAAGCCCGGAGCAGCAUUUGGAUGAACGAGAUGUGCGGAGAUUUCAGUUAAAAAUCGCUGAACUGAAUGCUGUAAUAAGGAAGCUGGAAGACAGAAAUACUCUCUUAGCAGAUGAAAGAAAUGAACUGCUGAAACGUUCUCGGGAGACAGAAAGUCAGCUGAAGCCUUUGGUAGAAAAAAAUAAGAGGAUGAGCAAAAAAAAUGAUGAUAUGUUGCAAUGUAUCCAGAGAAUGGAAGAGAAAAUAAAAAAUCUAUCAAGGGAAAAUGUAGAAUUGAAAGAGAAGUUAUCUGCACAACCAGCACUGAAGAGGCACACAUCUUUGAAUGAUCUCAGCAGCACACGAGAGGAACAAGAAAUUGAAUUCCUUAGACUACAAGUCAAAGAACAGCAGCAUGUUAUUGAUGAUCUCACAGUGGAAAGGGAAAGGUUACUGCGGUCUAAAAAACAGAAGAGGAAAAGUUUGAAGCCUCCAAAGAGGCAUGUUGUGGAGACAUUUUUUGGAUUUGAUGAAGAAUCUGUUGAUUCAGAAACAUCAUCUGUAACUUCAUAUAACACAGAUAAAACAGACAGGACACCAGCAACACCAGAGGAAGAUUUGGAAGAUAGCACGCCUAAAGAAGAAGCUGAACUAAGGUUCUGCCAGCUAACAAGAGAGUAUCAAGCUUUGCAAAGGGCAUAUGCAUUGCUUCAAGAACAAGUUGGUGGAACCCUGGAUGCAGAGAGAGAAGCAAGGACUCGUGAGCAACUGCAAGCUGAUCUUCUCAGGUGUCAGGCAAAAAUUGAGGACCUGGAGAAAGCUCUAAUCGAGAAAGGACAGGAUUCAAAAUGGGUAGAAGAAAAGCAGCUGUUAAUCAGAACAAAUCAGGAGUUGCUAGAGAAGAUUUACAGAAUGGAACAAGAAGAGCAUCAGUUGAAGAAUGAGAUGCAAGAUGCAAAAGACCAGAAUGAGCUGUUAGAAUUCAGAGUUCUAGAGCUUGAAGAGAGAGAACGAAGGUCGCCGGCAUUUAAUCUUCAUAUAACCACCUUCCCUGAAAACAAUGGAAGUGCACUUCAACUGUUCUGUCAACAGGAAGGAAUAAAGGACGUGAAUAUAUCUGAACUUAUGAAGAAGCUAGAUAUUCUUGGAGAUAAUGGGAAUUUGAGAAAUGAAGAACAGGUUGCAAUAAUCCAAGCUGGGACUGUGCUUUCACUCUGUGAAAAGUGGUUAAAACAGAUAGAGGGAACAGAAGCUGCACUGACACAGAAGAUGUUAGACCUGGAGAAUGAAAAGGACCUGUUCAGUAAACAGAAGGGUUAUUUAGAGGAAGAACUCGACUACAGGAAACAAGCUCUGGACCAGGCAUACAUGAAAAUCCAGGAGCUGGAAGCCACGCUGUAUAAUGCCCUGCAGCAGGAUCCAGGAAGGCGGGCAAGCGAGUCGCUGACCGAAGCCCAGAGGGAGGAUUUGCGAGCUGCAGUGGAGAAGGUGCGGCGGCAGAUCCUGAGGCAGAGCCGUGAGUUUGACAGCCAGAUCUUGCACGAGCGAAUGGAGCUGCUGCAGCAGGCACAGCAGCGAAUUCGAGAACUAGAAGAUAAAAUAGAACUUCAAAAGAGGCAACUCAAAGAAAUUGAGGAAAAGUUUUUGUUCCUUUUUUUGUUUUUUUCACUAGCAUUCAUUCUGUGGCCUUGA